ACAUGUAUUCUGCUGUUCGUACACACGACUACGAUUAUCCCGAAUCGGAAAUGGAUGAUCGUGAAAGUUUAUAUUUCGAUACCAUCUCCCUAGCCGAUUCAGAGGCUGCUGCGGCCGCAGCUGCUCAUCGCAAAUCAUUGUCACAAUCGCGCAACACAAUUUACUAUUCGGCGGCAGAUUUAGCUGGUGAUGAAACACCAGCUAGACGUUCGAACAGCAUACGCCUUGAAAAUGGUCUAAAGGCACGCGCUUCGUGGAAUCCCAAUUAUCGGCACUCCUCACCACUGGAUCAAUACAUGCCACCGAAUACCAAUGGUAAUGGAGUAGCCGCGGCAUCAGUUGGUGGUGGCAGUGGUGCUGGUGCAGAUUACACAGAUGCCGUUAUAGCUGCACAGGUAAUGGCUCUACAGAAUGGUCGAACAAAUUACAUGAAUGCGACAGGUGCUAGUGAGGCAGCACUGCACACGACGAUGACCAACGAUAUGGAAGUGUCUAGACGUCUGAUACAAAAUAGUACACAGAAUAGUAGAGAUAAGAAAUUGCCCAUUACAUACUCGCAAUGGAAAUUUAGGACACGACGACGUUUCCAAGAUGGUGUACGUGGUGUUGACUAUGUUCUGGCCUACAAUGGUGCCGAUCACAAAUUGGACAAUAUCAAAAAACGUGAAACAUUCGAAGCGAAUUUAGAAAAAGAAGGCCUCCACCUAGAACGUGAUAAUACCCAACGGAUACAUUUCAUUAAGAUUCAUGCACCCAGAGAGGUGUUGUAUCGUUAUGCUGAAAUACUUAAAAUUAAGCUGCCAAUGAAAAAGAUACCCGGCCAAGAUCAAAUCUAUAGAGAAGAAUAUGAACUCAGUGAUAGUGUACGAACGUGUUGUGGCAAUUUAUUCAAAUCAAUACAACUGAAUCCUGAAAAGUUUCCACCUAAACCAAAACGUAUUCAUUUUGAAUUUCAACGCAACUACGAGCAUUUAUUUGAUUGUGAGCAACCAAAUUUCUUUGAUGCCGGUACUCGAAUUUAUAUAAUCAAUUUUAUAUUGGAGCGACAACAUUUUAUAGAAGGUGAAGAAACUCCCGAUAAUUUAGGUAUAGAAAAACUUUUAGCUGAUGGUGUUUAUGAAUGUGCAUAUACGCUGCAUGACGACACUGAUAGAGAUUUACUGUUAAGCGAAUGGGCCAAUAUAAGAAAAUGGAAACAUUUACAACCACUAGAUGCAAUAAAAGAAUACUUUGGUGCCAAGGUUGCCAUAUAUUUUGCAUGGCUUGGAUUUUAUACACACAUGUUGAUACCGGUUAGCAUUUUUGGUAUACUCUUCUUUAUUUAUGGUUUUAUAACGUGGCACACUGAUCCAAUCAGUCAAGAAAUUUGCAAUGCAAACAAAACCACCCUAAUGUGUCCGCAAUGUGAUCGUAAUUGUGAUUAUUGGGAACUGAAAAAUACCUGUGCAGCAUCGAAAAUGAAUUAUCUGAUAGAUAAUAAUAUGACAGUGUUGUUUGCGUUUAUAAUGUCAAUGUGGGCUGUGAUCUAUUUGGAGCUUUGGAAACGUUACUCAGCCCGUUUAAUACAUCGAUGGGGACUAACUGGCUAUACGCACGAUGUAGAACAUCCUCGCCCUCAGUAUUUACAAAAGCUAAGGAAAAAUAGAAAACUUGCUCAAAAGUUGGAUCAAUUAGAUCCGGAAAGUGUAUUUGAACCGGAGGUGCCUUUUUGGACGACAAAGUUUUUACCCAGUUUUACCAGUUACAGUUUAAUGGUAUUAUCGAUAUGCAUAUCACUUAUAGCCAUAUUCUCGAUGAUCGUCUAUCGUAUGGCCCAGCGAGCAUCCCACAGUGUUUGGGGCGACGAGAAUUCAGCAACAUACAAAAUUAUGGCCAUGCCUUUUACAGCUGGUAUCAUUGAUCUGAUUGUCAUUUCCAUACUAGAUUAUGCCUAUAGUUCGUUGGCUGUUAAACUCACCGAUUGGGAAUAUUGUCGUACCCAAACCGAAUAUGACGAGAGCUUAACCAUUAAACAUUAUGUAUUCCAAUUUGUGAAUUACUAUUCUUCGCUGUUCUAUAUUGCUUUCCUCAAGGGCAAAUUUGUUGGCUAUCCCAUGAAAUAUAAUACGAUAUUUGGUUUCCGCCAGGAAGAAUGUAACCCAGGUGGUUGUCUCAUGGAACUGUGUAUUCAAUUGAUUAUCAUUAUGGUUGGUAAACAGGCUGUGAAUGCUAUUUUUGAAAUGUUGGUGCCAUAUUUAAUGAAGAAAUUCCGGAAAUUCUCAACGCAUGUUGGUUUGCGUCGUCGUAAAAAUGAAGAGAAAUUGGUGUCGUGCAAUCAAUGGACCGAGGAUUAUCAUUUGGAACCAUGGACGAAUACAUCGAUGUUUGGGGAAUAUUUGGAAAUGGUUAUUCAAUUUGGUUUUAUCACCCUCUUCGGUUUGGCAUUCCCCUUGGCCCCUCUGUUGGCUCUUAUCAAUAAUGUCAUUGAAGUACGAUUGGAUGCUGUAAAGAUGUUAAAAUUCAUACGACGCCCCGUGGCACAGCGGGCACGUGACAUUGGCGUAUGGUUUAAUAUUAUGACAGUUGUAACAAAAAUUGCCGUCGCCUCAUGUGCCAUGAUUAUUGCAUUCUCCACCAAUCUUAUACCGAAACUAAUCUAUCAGCAUGAGACGCAUGAUUACAGUCUACAGGGUUAUUUGAAUUUUACACUGGCCUAUUUUGAUACCAAAGAUUAUCGAGUACAACCGAUAUUGGGUGAAUCGAAAUAUGGUAAUGUGACAGAAUGUCGUUAUUCGGAAUUUCGUAAUCCACCAUGGCAUGAGCAUCCGUAUAAGAGGCCCAUGUAUUAUUGGAAAAUUUUAAUAAUACGAUUGGCGUUUAUUGUGAUUUUCCAGAAUGUCAUUGGAAUGCUACAAACCAUAAUUGCCUGGGCCAUACCAGAUGUCUCAGCCAAGUUAUUACGCCGCAUUAAACGUGAAAACUUCUUGUUACGCGAACACAUCAUUGAAUAUGAAAAACGCCAAGCCCAAAAAGAUGCUGCCAAAAAAUUAGCUGAAAAAGUCCACGGCUUUGCUUCGAAUGUCAUUAAGGGUAUCAAUAAUAAUAUUAACAACAACAAUAAUAAUCCAUUGAAUAAUGUUGGCGGUGGUACAUUUUCCGAUCCCAUUGAAGAAGAAGAUGAUGAUGUGGUCCAACUACGCAAACGCAAUAUAAUUCAAGAUGAUACAACGCAACUGUAG